AUGGCGAAUGUGAAGUGUCUGAGUGACAGUGAAUUACAGGAAGAGCUUAAGAAGCUUGGCUUUUCACCUGGCCCAAUACUACCUUCUACCAGAAAAGUGUAUGAAAAGAAACUCCUCGUAUUGUUGGACCUAACACCCUGUGAUCUACCUGGGAAGAACAGACUUGGAGACCCGGAUGAGUCUCAGGAAAGUGAUGCCAGUGAAGGUACCAUCGUCACCGGCAUUGCUAGACAACAGCUUUACACUUAG